AUGAAUACCAUGCUUGCAGAUAGAGAAAAGUACCCUUACCAAGUCCCUAUUCCCGUUUGCCCCCACAACAUCAAGUUAGUGCGUUCCGCUGAAUUCUGGCAUUGAAUCGACAUUGACUACUCUUGUUAUUGCGUAGAGAAGAUGAGGACAUAAAGAAAUGCGUUUCACUAAAAGCACUUCGAAUUUUAGACCGCAGGGAUGUCGAGACUGCACUGGAGAUCCACCGAAAAGAGGUCCAGGAUUCCAUUCCAGAUGAGAAAGUGAGCACUACAUUGGUACCCGAACUUGAAUUCAAGUGCUGGAAGAAGAAUGGGCUAUCUCUUUUAAGCCACCCGGUAGGAUUGACAUUCUACCCAAAACACAGCAGCCUUUUUAUAACUAAUCGACUUCUUCAGGCAGUUUUCAUCAUUGACAUGCACUGUCCACUUUAA